UUCCUGUCGCUGGUGAUCUUCAUGUCUAUCGCGGGCAACGUGCUGGUGUGCGUGGCCAUCUACACGGACCGCGGGCUGCGGCGCAUCGGCAACCUGUUCCUCGCGUCGCUCGCCAUCGCGGAUCUCUUCGUAGCGGCGCUCGUCAUGACCUUCGCCGUCGUCAACGACCUGCUGGGCUACUGGAUGUUUGGCGCACAGUUCUGCGACACCUGGAUAGCCUUCGACGUCAUGUGCUCCACCGCCUCCAUCCUAAAUCUUUGUGCCAUUUCACUCGAUAGGUACAUCCACAUCAAGGACCCCCUCAGGUACGGGCGGUGGGUGACACGGCGCGUGGCGGUGGCGAGCAUCGCGGCCAUCUGGCUGCUGGCGGCGCUCAUCUCCUUCCUGCCCAUCUCGCUGGGCCUGCACCGGCCGCCGCAGCCGCUCACCUACCACGACGGCGCGACCGAGCACCCCACGUGCGCGCUCGACCUCACGCCCACGUACGCCGUCGUCAGCUCGUGCAUCAGCUUCUACUUCCCGACGCUGGUGAUGCUGGGCAUCUACUGCCGCCUCUACCUGUACGCGCAGAAGCACGUCAAGAACAUCCGCGCCGUGACGCGGCCGCUGCCCGCCGCCGCCGCCGCCAGCACCAACUUCGGAGCGACGACCGACUCGGCCGACGCCGGCGGGAAGCAGCAGCCGCCCAUCGCCGCCAUGAGCUCGUCGCCGUACCACGUGUCCGACCACAAGGCGGCCAUCACCGUCGGCGUCAUCAUGGGCGUCUUCCUCAUCUGCUGGGUGCCCUUCUUCUGCGUCAACAUCGUAGCCGCCUUCUGCAAGACCUGCAUACCAGGAUUCGUAUUCAAGGUGCUGACGUGGUUGGGGUACUCCAACUCGGCGUUCAACCCGGUGAUCUACUCCAUCUUCAACACGGAGUUCCGCGAGGCGUUCCGGCGCAUCCUGACGGCGCACUACCGCACGCCGUGCUGCUGCUGCUGCUGCGCCGACGGCCGCUGCGGCUACGAGAGCGUCUCGAGCCGGCCGUCGCUGGCGGGGGCGGGCGGCCGCCGCGACGCCGUGCCCGGCCGGAGGCCCAAGGGCGCCGGCGGCGUCGGGGGCGGCGCCGGGGGCCGCAACGGCUCCUGCGGCCACCUGCGCGAGUGCAGCUCGCCGCGCUCCUCCGCCGGUUCGGCGGGCGUGCCCACUCCGCGCCAGCUGCGCGUCAACUCCACCGACAUCAUCCUGGACGGCGAGGAGGUCAGCGCCAUAUGA